UCAAUACUGCGCAUGCGUGCUGUGUUCAAUAUGGCUGCGCCCGUCCGGAAGGUGUUUUGAAUGUUCUCACCAUGUACGUCAGUUUUUGGUAUACAGGAUAUAGAUGGCGAAGUUUGCAUUAGCGUUGUGAAUGUCAUAAUCUUCCGUAAACGAUAUCAGCAAAGUUGAAUGUUCGGUAUCUUUUAAGUUGCUUGUUUGUCUUCGAUAUUUACGAUUUGAGAGUUGCGCAAGACUGACUUUUCUAGUUGGUUCUCUUGAUUCGUAAACUGGUUGCCGGUCAUUUUGAAUGAAUCGCAAUGGCAGAGAAGGUUUCUCUGAUGUAGAGGAUACAAACAUUCAAUCAUGUUUUUGAGAAGAGCUAUUCAACUCCUCCCUCGAGGAAAGGAGUCUGCCCUUAACGGCAUCAUUUGUCGUUUUACUCGUUAUUCAAGUUUAAUUAAAGAUGUUGAGUUUCGUAAACGCUGCAUCAGAACCACAAGGACAUUUCAGACCGCAAGCCAUUUGAACGUGGCCAAGUUAUUAUCCCUGGACGAACUGUUCUCCAGGAGGUCUCUGCUGGACUACCUUAGAAAGAUGGACUCGGAGUAUAGCGACUUUUUGAGGGCGGUCAAUGGCGAUGAGCAGGAGCAGAGCACUGCGGAAGAGCUGAGGGCCAAGAGGACCAAAGUGGCCCUGCUGGCUCCCCUCAUCCAGACCAUCAGGGAGCUGGACGUCAAGCAGAAGGAGAUGAGUGAGACGGAGGCGCUUUUCAAGGUUGAAGAUCUCCGAGAACUUGCUGAGCAGGAGCGGGAUGCCUGUUUGCAAGACAUCCAUGAGCUGAGGCAAAAGAUAUUAGAUCUUUUGAUCACGGAGGACGAGGCUGAUCUGAGCGACCUCGUCCUGGAAGUGACGGCAGGAGUCGGCGGGCAGGAGGCCAUGCUGUUUACCGCCGAGCUGUUUGACAUGUACGAGGGAUUCGCUCGGCACAACGGUUGGACCUUUGACGUCCUGGAACACAUGAACAGUGACUUAGGCGGAGUGCGGCACGCCUCGGCGAGCAUCAGCGGCCGUCGGAGCUACAAGAGGAUGAAGUUCGAAGGCGGCGUUCACCGGGUCCAGCGCGUCCCCAGGACGGAAAAACAGGGCCGCAUGCACACCAGCACCAUGACCGUGGCGGUGCUGCCCCAACCCACUGAGAUCUCGUUCACAAUAAACCCGAAGGACCUGAGAAUUGAAACGAAGCGCGCGAGCGGCGCCGGGGGUCAGCACGUCAACACCACCGAUAGCGCCGUCAGAAUAGUGCACCUGCCCACCGGUGUUGUGGCAGAGUGCCAGCAGGAACGCUCUCAGCUGAAGAACAGGGAGAAGGCCAUGAAGGCUCUGCGGGCAAAACUGUACGGCAGGAAGCUGGAGGAAGAGACCAGCAAGCGCUACAAUCAGCGCAAAGUGCAGAUCGGCACCAAAGGAAGGUCCGAGAAGAUCCGCACGUACAACUUUGCCCAGGACCGCAUCACGGACCACCGCAUCGGUCUGACGCUGCACGACGUCGAGACCUUCCUGCUGGGUGAACAUCUCCUCGAUGAGAUGAACUCCUCGCUGCAGGAAUUCUCCAACCAGGAGGAGCUCAUGGAACUUCUCGGGGAAAACUGCAACAAGGAAGGAUGAGCAGCACUUUGGAUUGAUUGCCAAUGCCUGAACUUCGCUUCCGUACGCUCAUCUGGGAAAAAAUGUCCUCAGAUUUUGGAGCGGGAGUGCACGAGGUUACUUUUUAUGAUGAGUUAGUUCAGUGGUCGUAUUGCAAGCUGAAGGUUGUGGGUUCAAACCUCAGCUCGUGUGACCUUGUCAAAGUGUCCUUGAGCAAGUUACUGAACCCGCUGGUUGCUGCGUCAUCAGUCAGUGAAUGAAGAAACAAGUGUUAAAGCUCUUUGAGCCCCUUGGCGGUAGAAAAAUCGCUUUCCAAAUGAACGGACAUUUAUCAUCACUCUUCAUAAAAAUAAGCUAAGUUUGUGAAAUGGUCUGAUAAUGUUGUCUGCCUGUUGCGACACCGUUCCAUGAUGAAACUUACUAGAGAAAAAGGUCUUCGAAGUUACGAUUAAAGCAGUGAUUUUAAAACA